AUGCGUUUUAUUGUUGGGUUGAUAAUUUUAAUGUUUCCUAUGAAAUGCUCAUCUGAGUCAAAUCUUCAGUCGAAUCAGAUGAGAAUUUACACUAGACUGAUGUGGAAAACAACGCCACUAUGCUCAAACUCCAAAGAGAAUAGUUCAAUAUUCUCAAGAAGUUUUUUGCCGCGCGAAGGUGCCGACGAUAGGAACCAUUUAAAAAAUUGUGCAGUCGAAUGUCAGAUAUCGAUCGAAACCUGUUUUGCGUUUCAAGUUAGAGUGAUGUUAAAUGAUGCUGGUUUGUACGACGUUUCAUGUUAUCACUUCAACAACUUGCCAGAUGGUUUAUAUAAGAACCUUGCCGGAGACUGUUUCUUGUAUCUUGCUGAAAAGCCAACCUACAUCAAGGUAACAUCCGUCGGCUUCUUUGAAUUGAUUCCAGGCAUACAGCACCCCAUACUGAACGACGACAUACAGGGAAUGAACCAAUAUUGUGGAAUUUUUCCUAGCAACAGAGGAGUGAAUGUGUUCCAGUUCAACAUACAAAACUAUUCCGUGUAUAAUUUUUAUAAUUUUGAUGUCACACUUAAUGCAUACAAUGCUUUAAGAAUGAUGAAUUUUUUCAAGAGCACAGUCAAUGGAACGAUAAUUAUAGGUGAGACCUGUGAUGAAGCCGCUUCAAAUAUGGGUAAUAUAAUUCCGUAUUUGAAGAGCAUCAACCUGGAUAUGAGUAGUUUACAAUACAGAAAGAAAUGGCUGUUUGUAUGGCAGCAGGGAGCUUACGAGAAAACGCUCUCUAUUAUCGAUAAUAAUUCAAAAGUUCCUUUGUCUAAGGAAUUUGUUUUAUGCAAUACAGCCAGGAACAAAUCAGAUUGGACGGGAUUUACUCCACGGGUAAUCUUUUAA